GAGCUGUAAGAGGCUGGUGUUUUCGUGACCUGGAAGAGGAAGCGAGGGCGGUUUAGUUUGGUUCAGAAGACACUGGAAGACCCGCGUGUCUUUUCUGUGCCGCAAUAUAUUAAACAGGAAAAAAAUGACUAAAGCUAAAAAGGAAAAAACUACAGGCGAGGAGGAGGAGGAGACCACCGGGACCGAGAGAAGCUACCAGCAGCUGAUUACAAACCUCAACCCAAUUGCCCAGCCGCUGGCCUCCAGGAAAGUCACAAAGAAGAUUUAUAAAUGCAUUAAAAAAGCCUCCAAGUUGAAGCAGAUAAGACGGGGCGUGAAGGAGGUGCAGAAAUUCAUCAAUAAGGGCGAGAAGGGGAUUGUGGUGUUGGCAGGAGAUACGCUUCCAAUAGACGUUUACUGUCAUAUACCAGUAAUGUGUGAAGAGAGGAACCUCCCCUAUGCGUACAUUCCAUCCAAAGUGGACCUGGGGACAUCCGCUGGUUCCAAGAGGCCGACCUGCGUGAUUAUGAUCAAGCCGCACGAGGAGUACCAGGAGGCCUAUAAUGAGUGCCUGGAGGAGGUGGCUUCGCUGCCCCUGCCUGUUUAAACGCAGACCUUUUUACUGAACACCUGGACAGUAUUCCCUUUAACCUCGGGAAUCCUCAGUUUCCACUCGCUCACGUGUGCCUCGCUCCACUUCACUGGCCCAGGUCUGAUGCAGAGUGCUUUGCAUGCUUUGGGGAAGCUGUGUCAAAACUGGAGGAGAAAGAGAGUUGCAGAACAAGAAUUCAAUUUCCUUAAAUAAUGGAACUGUACGAGUAUGCUGUACCGAGUAUCCCCGGAGUAAUAAAAUACCAGCGAUAGGAUAGACACGAAAUCAAGACUGUGGCAGAAGACCUUAGAUCAGUCCCCAUUGUACUCUGAGGAACCCAACACCAUAUAAACAUUCAAUAGUGCUGAGUUUAGAAAUACAGAAAAAAACAUCUGUAUGUUUUGAUGUCUUUUUCACUUAAUUUGUCAUUGAAUGUUAGUUUAUUUUUUAGUAUUUCUAAAUUCAGAUCAAGAGCUGAUGAAUUUCAUUGAAGUUUUUAUAACUUUUUUUAAAUCAUUAAUUUUACUGAAAGUGGUUUUGAUGCUGAAAUGUUUUGUCAAUUACAAUAAACCAGGUUAAUUUCCA